AUGACGGCUAUAUUCUCUAAGGUGUCUGAGCAGUACGGCGAGUUGGUCAAUUUUAUUAUUAGACCUCCUCGUGAUAAAUAUACAGAUGAUGAAUUAGGUCCGUGUAGAUUUACUAUGGCGGGCAGACAAUAUAAGCGUACAGACUUGGAGUUAAUCAAUAGAAGAGAUAUGCGCCUUCAAUGCAGUCAUUAUGAGCCCGUAUUCCCGGCUGGCAAGGCCAAGAAACUCCCCUGCGUGAUUUACUUGCACGGCAACUGUUCGUCUCGUCUUGAAGCCAUGUCAGCGCUGCCCGUGCUGCUGCCGCAGAAUAUAACAGUCUUCGCCUUCGACUUCUCAGGCAGUGGUAGAUCCGAUGGACCUUAUAUCUCAUUGGGUUGGUGGGAGCGUGACGAUUUAGAUACCGUUGUUGAGCAUCUCCGUGCAUGCAAAAGGGUUUCUGCUGUGGGGCUUUGGGGCCGCAGCAUGGGGGCUGUUACUGCAUUAAUGCAUGCGCAUAGGGAUCCAUCUAUUGGAGGAAUGGUCCGUACAUCAAUAACAAACAAAGCACACUUUGAUAUAAAUCUUAUCUCUCCUAUUGAUUGUGUAGGGGAGGCAUUUAUACCAGCACUAUUUGUCUAUGGCCGCGAAGACAAUUUUAUAUCGCCACAACAUGUAAAGGAUUUGUAUGCCGCUUAUGGAGGAGAUAAAAACCUAAUAGAAGUAGAAGUGGCUGCACCAGCGGCUGCUGUUGCACCACGUACUGCUCGUGCGGCACCUACUCCUACUGCGGUACCUGCUGCUGCUGCGACACCUGCUGCUGCUGCACCUGCUGUUGCUGCUGCACCUGAUGCUGGUGCCGUUUCACCUGCAGCAGCAGCAGCAGCAGCACCAGCGACUCAACCUGCCGUCAAACGGGCAGAGGCGAGGCCCGCAGUGCAGCAGCAGCAAGCGAAACAGCAGCAGCAGCAGCAACAGCAGCAGCAGCACGAUGCAUGCGGGAGUUUAUCAGGGCAAAGUUCUGCCAACGCCGCAAAGCCUUCACAUGUUGGUAGCAGUACGACCAACAGAAGACGUUCGUGGCGCAGCAGCAACAGUACCAGCAGCAGCAGCAACAGCAGCAGCAGCAGCAACAGGAGCGGUAGCAGCAGCAGCACCAAUGAUGGGCAUUCUGCUGCUGCAGGGAAUAUGCGCUCGCUGCUGUCGCGUAGUUUGCUGCGUUGGGGUACGGGAAAGUCUGUUGCUGCUGGCAGCAGCAGCAGCAGCAGCAGGAAAGAAAACAACAGCAGCAGCAGCAGCAACAACUGCUCCUUGCAGCAGCAGCGAAGCGGUGAGGUGACGCCACCGGAAGCAGCAGCAACGCCAGCAGCAGCAACACCGCCAGCAGCAGCAACACCAGCAGCAGCACCAACAGCAGCAGUAGCAGCACCAACAGCAGCAGCAGCAGCAGCAGCAGCAGCAGCACCUCCUCGUGACGUAGUAAGGGGCAUGGCCCCCCCUGAGCCUUCCUUUCGUUUUUUUAAUCAUCAGGGGGGAAUCGAACCCGCCACCUUCAUUGAAGAUGAGGACGAUAUUCUGCAGCGGGCGAUUUCAAUAUCGCUUGAAGAGUUUAUUCGUGAGCAGCAGCAGCAAACAUAUGAAUCCUAA